ACCCCGGCGCUUCGAACCGAAACCCUCAAGAUUAGGGUUUCGACGAGGGGGAAGAAGAAAUGGCGAAUGAUCAGGAGAUGAGCGGGUGGACGGAGCUCCUCCACUCUUCCACCAAGUUGUUGGAGCAUGCCGGCCCUUCGUCCCAUUUCCCCCCUCUCCAGCGGAACCUCGAUCAAUUGGAGUCGCUUUCCAAGAAGCUGAAAUCAAAGACCCUCCGCGCGGAAGCCCCCUCUCAGUCCAUCUCGGCCACCAGGUUACUUGCCCGGGAAGGGAUAGAUGCAGAACGGUUGGCUAGGGAUCUGAAGUCUUUCGAGCUGAAGACAUCAUUUGAGGAUGUCUUUCCUUCUGAGGCGACAAAUGUCGAGGAGUAUUUGCAGCAGGUUCAUGAAAUGGCAAUGGUUUCAUCCAUCCAAGAAGCUCAAAAGGACAAUUUGAGAAGCUUCAAUGAACACAUGAUGCGAGUCUUAGAGGAGGACUGGCAAAAGGAAAAGAGAGAAUUUUUGCAAAGCUUAAGUCGACUCUCUACAUUGCCAAGGGGAAACAGUGGUGCUUUAAGUGGUGGGCUUGUUCGUAAUGUUCAGAUGUCAUCUCAAAUAUCCAGUCCUAAUGUUCCCAAGGGCCCAUCAGUCAUGGAAGUUGUGGCUCUAGCUAAUAAGCCAAUAAUCGAUAAGAAAGCUACAGUAUAUGCUGAGAUAGUGAAUAGUCUAAAUGAGGCCAGGGCACGUGGAUUACCUUUUAAACCUGCUACAGCUUUCAAGACAGCUUAUGAGAAUUUGAACCUCGAUUUUUCUGGUAGUAAGUCAGUUACCUUGCAGAAAAUAUGGCACCUCACCCAGGCAUUAGUGGGUGAAUAUUUAAAUUAUCAACAUAAAUUGUCAAGGAAAAUGAUUCUCAUAACAGGUGCAAGGCACCAUCUUGAAUGGGGCCAUGAGAAAUAUAUCCUUGAUACCAUAAAAGCCCAUCCUGCACAGGCUGCUCUAGGUGGAGCUGUUGGCAACCUGGAAAAGAUCCAGGCAUUUCUCCGGGUGCGACUUAGAGAUCAUGGUGUGCUAGAUUUUGAUGCAGGGGAUAAGUCUAGGCAGCCCCCAGUUGACACAACCUGGCAACAGAUUUAUUAUUGUCUAAGAACAGGCUACUACAACGAAGCAAAGAAAGUUGCUGAAUUGUCACGUGCUGCCCACCAUUUUGCUCCUCAGCUUGCAGAGUGGAUUGCUUCUAGUGGUUCAAUUUCACCAGAUACUGCUUCUGCUGCUUCCGAAGAGUGUGAAAAAUUGUUAAGAAUGGGUGAUCGAGCAGGGCGACCUGGUUAUGACAGGAAGAAAUUGUUACUAUAUGCAAUGAUUUCUGGCAAUCGACGCCAGAUAGACAGGUUGCUUAGAGAUAUGCCAAAUCUUUUCAAUACUAUAGAAGAUUUCUUGUGGUUCAAAUUAUCAGCAGUAAGGGAUUUCUCUGGUGGAUCCUCUUCCAUAGUUCUAAGUGAAGGCUUGGUGCCAUAUAGCCUAGAUGAUCUUCAAGGUUAUUUGAAUAAAUUUGAGCCAUCAUACUAUACAAAAAAUGGGAAAGACCCUUUGGUUUAUCCAUAUGUUUUACUUUUGAGUAUUCAGUUGCUUCCAGCAGUUGUAUAUUUGUCUAAAGAAGUAGGAGAGGAGGGAUACAAUGUGGAUUCUGUGCAUAUAUCAAUAGCUUUAGCAGAUCAUGGAGUUCUUUCGGAUGGGAUUGGAGCUUACAGCAAGAGAGGAAUUAUGGAUGCUUGUGCUGAAGUUGCAAGCAUAAUUAAACAAUAUGGUUCAGUGUAUUUGCGUCAAGGUAAUCUUGAAUUAGCUCUAGAAUAUUAUGCUCAAGCAGCUGCUGCUAUGGGUGGUGGAGAAGUGUCAUGGCGUGCACAGGGUAGUAACGACCAGCAACGGCAGCAAAAUAAGAUGUUGUCACAGCUACUUACAGAGAUAUUGCUAAAAGAUGGUGGUGUUUCUCUUUUACUUGGUCCAAGAGGCACUGGGGAGGAAGGUUCACUUAGUAAAUAUAUGAUGGAUCAGAAUAGCCGAAAACAGUUUUUACUUGAAGCUGCUCGCCAAUGCCAAGAAUCUGGACUCCAUGAUAAAUCUAUAGAAAUACACAAGCGAGUUGGAGCAUUUGCUGUAGCAUUGGAAACAGUUAACAAGUGUCUCUCAGAUGCAAUCUGUGCCAUUUCACGAGGAAAAUUAGAUGGUGAUAGUCAAGCUGCCAGUCUGAUUCAUUCAGGCAAUGAUAUAUUAGAGAGCUACAGGAUUUCUUCUGAUGCCAGCCUUCAAGAAAGGGAACCUGUUUCUGAACAGCAAACUGUGUUACGGGAGCUUGAAGCUAUUCUACUAGUGCAUAAGCUAGCGAGAGCUGGCCAGCAUGUGGAUGCUUUGCAGGAAAUUGUCAAAAUCCCAUUCCUCCCGUUAAAUCCUCUGGUACCUGAUGUUUCAUAUGAUAUCCGUAGCUUGUCUCCCUACGUACAAGCAUGUGUGCCAGAUAUCCUCAAAAUCACUCUUGUUUGUCUGGAAAAUGUUAGAGAUUCUGAUGGAACAUUACGCGCUUUAAAGUCUAAGAUUGCCAACCUGGUAGCGAACAAUAUGAAUAGCAAUUGGCCACGUGACUUGAUGGAGAGGGUUGCUCGGAGCAUAUGAAGUUGCCAGAGGUUGAAUCUGCCUAUUCUCAGUGCAGAAGUAUAUGUACCUGCAAAACAAGUGGCACCUUCUUAGUCACUGCUGCUUAAACUCAAGUACUGCAAAUCCUUAAUCACGGCUACUUAAUUUCAUCUCGAGUCUCUAUCUUGAUGCUCUUCUAAUGGAAAGGCAUUUACGUAAUGACUAACUGCUUUAUUCUGGUUAAUGCAAAGAUUUGCUUGUUUCCUGUAGAUAUUUGUUAUGUAAAUUACGGGAUUUAGGCCAGAAAAAUGUGAGUUUACAUCGGAAAAGUCUCAAGUUCUAGGAACUGGACCAGAGUUCUAACUAAUCCUGAUUUGUUGAUGCAUGAGCAAAUGCUAAAUACUGGUUCGACUCUUAAUAAAAAAAACAGUAAUGGUUAGGGAUUA